AUGACUGCUGCAACAGUCCCUAAUGCCUGGUUCUUCUACUUCAAGCACCAUCCACAUACAGACCUACACACCAUGGGUCCCACUCAGGAAGAAUCUUUGUCCAACAGUACCUUAUUUGAAGAGCCACGAGAGGGUUAUGGCAUGACUGUGUAUCCAUAUCCACAGGCUGUACAGGAAACUGUAUGCAAGCCACCAAAUAGCACAUUAGCUCAAAACAGAGAAGUGGCUGAUAUCAGUCAAGUUCAACAUCUGCAGGUGCAGAACCCUGGCUUGCAACAAGAUACUGGCAGGAAGAUUCAAGACAAAUACUCUGAAGCUGAACAAUUGAAGACUACAACAAUCUAUGCUCAGCGUCAAGCAAAGGAACAAGCUGAGGAGCUUGUUGCCAACACUGUAGUGGACUCAGACUGUCUCCGAGAAGAACUGCACUGCACAAGAACCAGACAUGCCCAAACCAAAGUGCACCUGCAGUGGGCUGGAGGUCAGCUUGCUGAACUGGAAUGGCUGAAGUUAGAGGGCAAGAAAUUGUCCAUGGCCCUACUAUGCAAACUUGAACAGACUUCAGAAGAACUGGCUUCUCACCUGAAUAUGUUUCUACAGGACCAGACAACUUCAAUCUCUACUUCUGAAGUCUCCUCCACCUCUCUGCCUCAUCAGAGCUCCAUCUCUGCACUGGGCUUUCUCUCAGCACCCCAACCACUCAAUAAACAGUACACCGUGAAGUGGGACAAGUCUAAGAAUAUCAAUAAAGAAGUAGCCUUCACUCUGAACUUUACUUGGGAUGUAACCAAGGAGUUUCUUAGCUCUGACCACAAUGAAAGCAAGGAAGAAGACGAGGACCACAAUAACAACAAAGAGUUAGAGGACAGAUAUGCAAGUGAUGGGGCUAUCACUCCACCUAUCCAACGGCAUUGCUUGUGCAAAUUGACACAUCAAUACCACUUGCAGGUCAGCCCCACCAAAGGGAUAGCUAAAGUGGGCACAACUGAAGGCCUAGAUUUUGGUAUGAGCAAAACGAUUGUCCAGGCAGUCUGGGAUAAGAUCUUGAAAUAUGGGCAAAGGCUGAAAGCAUGUUCUGAAUUUGAGAAAGCACAUGGAUGGGAUCGGACUCUCUUUGUGAUGCUGGACUUGAUGUCAGAUGAGUGGAGCUUGGCUGGUGAAGAGAUGUGUCCUGGAUACCCCAAUUGGCACAAGUGGCACAACAAGUGGGUGGAGAAGAUAUCUCAACAUCUACAAGUGCCCUGUUGCCUGAUUGACUGA